AAGAGGGAAUGGUUAGAACCCGAGGCAGAGUAACUGAAGGGACGGUUAGGGAAACUGGGUCAGGACAUUACAAGGGAGCCCUUGCACGGCGGGAGGGGAGGGGAGGGCUGUACAAGCGGGUGGGGAGAGUGUGCGAUGGGGCCGGGCGUCUGCGGGCUCUCCAGGUGCCGCCUCUCUGGCUUCUCCCUCCUCGUCCAUCCCGGGAUUCAAACUGCAGGAAUAAUGUUAGUUACAGUCUCCAGGAAACGCUCCGCAAUCGCCCCGCCCCGCGUCAGGGGCUCCGGCCCAGGCGGCCUCAGCGGGCGGGCUCAGGGCGGGCGCUGCCCCAGCGCCGGACGGAGGCACGAGGACGCCCCCGCUCGGGGCGUGGGGAGGAAGCUCCAGACCCACGUUCCAUCCCCAGCUCAUCCCCAAAGGCUCGGGAAGCUGCGGGAAAGAAGGAGGGGGGGAACAGAACCAGGAAUAAAAGGAAUCGGGAUAGAGUCUUCACUGCGUCAAAAAAGGCCUCCUAGUGACGUCACUCCCACCUCUGCCCCUGGGCCGCAGAGCCGCAGGGCAUGCCGGGAGUCCCCCGGGGCGCAGGCGCCGCUUCCCCGGUCCCAGGUCAGCAUCCAGCCUGGGCAGAGAAGCCUCAGACCCCGGCCUCCCUCUCUGGGCUCCCUCUCCCUCCCCAAGCCCGGCAGGCAGAGGAGCCAAACCCGGAAGCAGAGACAUGGCCCCCGGCAGCCGGAGCCCCUCGUCCCAGGAGUUGGUGACAAUCAAGGAUAUCAUGGUGGACUUCACUGAGGAGGAGUGGGAUCUCCUGGACCCUUCUCAGAAGGAGCUGUACAAGGAGGUCAUGCUGGAGAGUGUCCAGAAUCUGCUGUCCCUGGAUGUAGAAACUGGGUUCCCAGUAAAUGAGAUGAGUAACAAGCUGGGAAUCCUUGUGGAAGAAUACGACCUGCAAAGAUUCAUGGACGAUGGUCCCUGUGACUUCAAUUUUAAGGAAUUGCAUGAUUUUAUUCUCAAAACAGAUAAAUAUGCAAAGAGUGAUUCUGAAUUGUAUGAAAUUGGAAAGAGACUCAGAUGGACUUCUAUCCUAAAUCACUGUAAGAAAAUGGCCUCAGGAAGUGAUUAUCUUCAAGAUAGUGAAUGCAAGAAAUGCUUCACUGAAGAGGUAGAGCUGUUGGUUCCAGGUAAUCAAUGGGAUAUAGCUGUGAAGUGCAAUUCAGACCUCAGUGGCCAUCAGAAAAGUGAUACUGAAGAAAUGCUUUCCAUAAGUAAUAAUGAUGAGAAGGCUGUCAGUCAGAACUCUAAUCUCCUUACUCAUCAGCAAAUGCAUAUUGGAAAAGAACCUGAUGAACCCAACGAAUGUGAAGCAACCUCAUCCUAUCUCUCAUCUCUUCCUUAUCACCCUGGAAUGAAAAGACCUGGAUAUGAUCAGUGCGGGGAAGCCUUUGGUUGGAAUCCAGCUCUUGCUAGCCUGGAGAAGGCUCAUCCUGGAGAGGUGUCUCAUGAAUGUACUGAAUGUGGGAGAACUUUCUAUUACAGAUCAUUCCUGAUUGACGAUCAGAGAAUCCACCCUAGAGAGAAUCUUUAUUUAUGUCUUCAGUGUGGAAAUCCUUCCAUAUGUAAUCAAGGUGAAGAAAAUGGUACAGAUAUCUCUAGUCUAUCAAAAUAUAAGAAAACCCACAUUAGAGAGAAGGCUCAUGAAUGUAAUCAAUGUGGAAAGACUUUUAGAUCGAGUUCCCAUCUUGCUAGACAUGAGGGAAUCCACACUGGAGAAAAACCUUUUAAAUGUAGUCAGUGUGGAAAGACUUUCAGAUAUAGCUCCCACCUUGCUACACAUCAGAGAAUCCACACUGGAGAGAGACCUUAUAAAUGUAAUUAUUGUGGAAAAGCUUUCACACGGAGCUCCAGUCUACCUAAACAUCUGAAAAUCCACACUGGAGAAAAACCUUUUAAAUGUAAUCAUUGUGGAAAGACUUUCACACAGCGUGCCCAUCUUGCUUUACAUCAGAGAAAGCACACAGGAGAAAAACCUUUUAAAUGUAGUCAAUGUGGAAAGGCUUUCAGUUGCAGCUCAAGACUUGCUAGGCAUCAGAGAAUCCACUCAGAAGAGAAACCUUUCAAAUGUAUUCAGUGUGGAAAGGCUUUCAGACAGAGUUCCAAUCUUGCUUUACAUCAGAGAGUCCAUACUGAAGAGAAACCUUUUAAAUGUAUUCAGUGUGGAAAAGCUUUCAAAUUCUCCUGCAAUCUUGUUACACAUCAAAGAAUUCACACAGGAGAAAAACCUUUCAAAUGUAAUCAGUGUGGAAAGGCUUUCAGACAGAGUUCCAGUUUUGCUUUACAUCAAAGAGUUCACACUGAAGAGAAACCUUUUCAAUGUAAUCAAUGUGGAAAGGCUUUUAAAUUCUCCUCCAAUCUUUUUACACAUCAAAGAAUCCACACUGGAGAAAAGUCUUUUAAAUGUAAUCAUUGUGGAAAGGCUUUCACAUUCAAGGGAGGUCUUAGCAAACAUCAGAAAAUUCAUACUGGAGAGAAACCUUUUCAAUGUAAGCAAUGUGGAAAGGCUUUCAAAUUCUCCUCCAAUCUUUUUACACAUCAAAGAAUCCACACUGGAGAAAAGUCUUUUAAAUGUAAUCAUUGUGGAAAGGCUUUCACAUUCAAGGGCGGUCUUAGCAAACAUCAAAAAAUCCACACUGGAGAGAAACCUUUUCAAUGUAAUCAAUGUGGAAAGGCUUUCAUAAAGAGAGCCAAUCUUGCUUUGCACCAAGGAAUCCACACAGGAGAAAAGGCUUAUAAAUGUAUUCAAUGUGGACAGGUGUUUGCAAACAGGUCCCUCCUUAUUACACAUCAGAGACUCCACAUUGGCAAGAAACCUUUUGAAUGUAACCAAUGUGGAAAGACUUUUAUAAAGAGAGCCAGUCUUGCUUUGCACCAGACAAUCCACACAGGAGAAAAGCCCUAUAAAUGUAAUCAAUGUGGAAAGGCUUUCACACGCAAGGGAGGUCUUAGCAGACAUCAGAAAAUCCAUACUGGAGAGAAACCUUUUGAAUGUAAUCAAUGUGGAAAGGCUUUCAUAUAUAAUUACAGGCUUACAGAACAUCAGAGAAUCCACACAGGAGAAAAGAGUUAUAAAAUGUAAUUGAUGUGGAAAGGCUUUUAUUUGCAAGAGAGACCUUGGUAGACAUCAGAAAAUACACCCUCGAGAUAAACAUUUUAAAUGUAGCCAAUAUGAAAAGGCUUUUACAAACAAGUCCCUCCUUGCUACACAUCAGAGAAUCCACAUGGGAGAGACACCUUUUGACUGUGGAAAGGCUCUUAUACUUACUGCCUGUCUUGCUAGACAUCAGAGAACUCACAGUAGGAAGGAAGCUUUUGAAAGUAUUCAGUGUGGAAAGGCUUUGGCCAGAAGUGAAACCAAACCUUAUUGAACAUCAAAAAACCCACACUGGAGAGAAACGUUUUGAAUGUAGUCGGUGAGGAAAGGAUUUUCUGCAAAGAUCCUUUCCAGCUGCACAUCAGAGAAUCCUCACUACAGAGAAAACUUAUAAAUGAAAUUAAUGGGGCAAAGGCAUUCAACUACAAAUCCAAGAUUGGUAAACAUCAGAGAAUCCCCACUAAGGAGAAGCAUUAUGAUAAUAAUAAAUGUGAGAUGAUUCCACAAAGAGUUCCCAUCUGGUUGUAUAUGAGACAAUCCACACUGGAGAGAAACUUUAUAAAUGAAUUCAGUGAGGAAAAGGUUUCAGAGAAAUAGUCCUGCUCAACAUCACAGUAUCCACACUGGAGAGAAAUGUUUUGAAUGUACUCAAUGUGAAAUGAUUUCAUUCUGAGUUGGAAUCUUUCUAAAUAUUAGAGAAUCCACACUGGAGCCAAAUCUCAUGAGUGUGGUGAAUAUAGCAAAGCUUUGAGGUAUUCUGCGCUUAUUUAAGAGAAGAAGGUCCCCAUUUGAGGGAGACUUUAUGCACGUGACAACAUGGUAAUUAAUACCUUCCAGCACCAAUCAUCUCUUAAUUCCCACCUCAGAAUUCAUGUAAGACAAAAUCUGAUCAUUGUCAUGGAUAAGGAAAGACACUCAAAUGCAAUUUUUCUCUAUUGGCAAGAUCGCAUUGAGCAGCAGAUGCCUGGGUGCUCAGUGGGGAAAGGCUUUCAACGAGAGAUCAUCUCUUACUUUCUCUCUGAGGAUUCAUUGAAAAGUCUUAGAAAUAGACUUGGGGCUGUGCUUUUUCCUGGAGGAGGAGGAGGAUUAGUAGACAACCUUAUUCUAGUGGAAGGAAGAUGGAUAAAGGCUGUGCUUGUAGGAAGGGCUUCUCCUACAGGUGAUACUUGACUAUCCUCAGGAGAAAUACUUAUGGAGAUGAAACUUGGGGAUCUCAUUCACAAGGAAAGGCCUCCUUCUGCAGCACAGCCUUCAUUAGACUUUGAAGAGAAUGAAAUAUUCAUGAAAUAGCCCAAAUUUCCAUUCUGUUAGGAGGGAGGAAUCACAUAAAACAGACUGCAGGAGAAACUGAGGCAGAGUUUUAAGCCAAACUCUUUAUUAAAGGAGUCUGUUUCUCUCCCAACCAAGUAGAACCCAGACCUGGCUCUCCCAUCUGAGGUGCCACCUUCUUUCUGGGCUCUGUUACAGGAAUACAAGUAUCAGUAGAACAGCAUUUCAUUGGUUACUGUAAAAUGCGUUGGCUAAAAUAUGGAUACCACCAGGGCCAGAGGGUUUCAGGAUGGCCAGUGCAGGAAAUCUAUCCACUGACUAGAUGGUCAUAAGCUGGAUGAUGUCCCUUGGCUUGGGCCAGGGAAGAUGGGAACUUUAAGUGAUCAGGAGAUGGAUGAGCCAUUCCUGGGGUUGGGCAAGUGCAGACCACCCAUCCCCAAGAACAUUUCAGGGAGAACUUGGGGGCUUUCCACCAUGACAGGUUGGCAUGUGGGGAAACAGGAUGGAGAAAGUUCUUGUCAUCAUUCUCACGAUAGUGAACUUAGGGAAGUCGGCCUCGUGCAUGUUAGAGAAAUAGGUUCUAUUAUACAAGCCUGAAGUCUGCCCAAAACCUCUAACAGAAGGUGAAUUGCUCAUUCUUGUUCUUACUAUCAAAUGACUAUUAAAUGUUACUAAAUGAACAAUCAGGAACAAUCCUUGUCUACCAUAAAAUCAUAAUGGACUGAUUAAUACUGAUUCAGCGUUGAGGGGGUUCCCCAGUAAGUCAGCUUUCUCACUGCGCAUAAAACUCCAUACGUGUAAUGGUUUUUGCCCAAAAUCCCAAUGUUCGUCAGGGCUCCUAGAUUGUUCUUGAUGGUCACA